GUUCCGAACCGCUCAAUAUUCAUCCCUUGGUGGCUGGACGAGAACGCUACUACUACUUCUUCUUCUUCUGCUGCUAUUGCUGCUACUGCUGCUGCCGCUUCUGCUUCGACCCUACUCGAAUCGACCGUUCCUCCCUUAGCGUUCUCUUUGCUUGCCGUAAUAUUUCGGACACAGAAAGAGACGCAGGAGGAACUGGGAUAGCAGUUUAAGAUAGAAGAAGUGAGAGAAAGAAAAAGAGGAAGGAAUAAGGAAGACCUUCCAAUAAUUCAUCUUUUGAUUUAACGAAAUGGAAGGAAAGAAAGUCGAACAGUAUUACAGUCCACCGCCAAAGCUCGGUAAAUGGGAAGGCUUCAGGGUCUUUCUAUGGAAUUCGGAAACCGGACAAUUUCUUGGACGUACCGGUGCAAGUUGGGCCAAGAUCCUUUUAUUCUACGUCCUUUUCUAUGCGGUACUCUGUGGUUUCUUCGCCGCCAUGUUGGCUGUCUUCUACCAGACGUUAGAUCCAAAAGCACCAAAAUGGCAAUUGAACAGUUCAUUGAUCGGUACCAAUCCAGGAUUAGGUUUCAGGCCGAUGCCACCUGAGAGUAACGUUGAAAGUACUCUGAUCUGGUACAAAGCUAGCGACGAAGGUAACUUUCUUCAUUGGACCAAAGAAUUGGAUGCAUUUCUCGAAGAAUACCAAAAGAGUGGAACGUCUGGUGGUGAUGCUGAACAGAGGGUCCGCUGUGAUUAUGGAAGACCUGCGCCAGCUGGUAAAGUUUGCGACGUUGAUAUGAGCCAAUGGGGACAAUGCACGAAGGAGAAAAAAUAUGGUUUCAACAAAUCGGCACCUUGCAUCUUCCUCAAAUUGAACAAGAUCUUUGGAUGGAUGCCAGAUUUUUAUAACGACACUAAAACUCUUCCAACCGGUAUGCCGACUGACCUUCAAAAUCAUAUUAAAAAGGAAGAAAGUGGUCAAAGAUUAGACACCGUUUGGGUAUCUUGUGCCGGAGAAAAUAGUGCUGAUAUUGAAAAUAUGGGUCCUAUUCAAUAUAUACCACGUCGUGGUUUCCCUGGAUAUUAUUUCCCAUUCACAAAUACACCGGGUUAUCUAAGUCCGCUCGUUGCUGUCUUCUUUGAAAAGCCUAAAUACGGUGUAUUAAUCAACAUCGAGUGCAAGGCCUGGGCGCACAAUAUAAUACACGACAGAUUUGAAAGGCGCGGAUCUGUACAUUUCGAAUUGAUGGUGGAUUAAAUCACUAUUGGUUAUGGCCUCUAAGAAGACUAUUACCAACAGCGUCCAACAGUGAGAGAGAGAGAGAGAGAGAAAGAGAGAGAAUACAAAAGAAAAAAAUUGAGAGAGAGAGAGAGAGAGAGAAUGAGAAAGCGAGAGAGAACGAGAUAAAAAGCGAAAAAGUGAGAGAAGGAGAGAUAAAAAGAGAGAGAAAAUAGAAUAAGUGUUUACUUUUAAAAUCGAUUUCAUCGGCCCGUUUUACAAUACUAAACACGCAUCCUCGUUUCCUAUAUAUUUUAUUGUUUUAAAUAUUCUAAACGAGCCUAUUCCUACAUACCACCGUCCACAAAACUAAUGCCCCGUUUCUCCUCGUUACACUGUCAUUGUGCCAUAUAUUCGUUGUUUAUCUCUCACCGCCUAAUUAAUUAUCACCGCCACCAUCUUCUAUUUAUCUCACCAUCGUGUUCACGAAGGAUUCUAUUUCUUAAUAAUUCCAUCCUCUCUGUUAUACGUGUGGAUCUCUAUCGGAGAACGUUUCUUUACGAUAAAAGUGAUCAAAGAAACGUCGCGAAAGAUGAUAAACGUUAUCAGAGAAUCCAUCAUCGCUCUAAAAACUGGAAUGCACAAAGAAAAAAGUAAGAGAGAUUAAAACAAAACAAAACAAAACAAAAAAAAAAUACGAAGAAAAGGAAAGAAAAAGAAACAAAAAAAAAAUCACAAAAGUAUCCAAAACAAGGAAAAAAAGGAUAAAAGAUCUUGCAGCGUUAUUCCUUUAUUAUUAAAAAAGAAAAGAAAAGGAAAAAAAAAAGAGUAAACAAAAAAAUGAACGAAGGGGUGUCCCUUUUUAUGUAUUGAAGAGAAACAAAUUUUUUAUCUUAUUAUUAUUAUUAUUAUUAAUAUUAAUAUUAUUAUUAUUAUUAUUAUUAUUAUUAUUAUUAUUAUUAUUAUUAUUUUUGAUUUGUGAAAAAUUUGGAUCAAUUCUUUUUUUCGUGAAUCAACACGUACAAAGGUAGACCUCGCGUUUGAUAAUUCACACGUUAAUGGCCAAACACAAUUCGACACUGUCUCAUUUGCCAUCUCUAUCUUAUUGCAACAAAAACGUAAGAAAAUGAUGAACAAAAAAAAAAAACAGAAAAUAAGAAAAGCUCCGACGAUCUGCUCCGUUUUUAAAGCUUGCGAAUCGAAUCGAAUUGAUAUGAAUAUAUAUAUAUAUACAUGUACAUACAUACAUAUACAUAUACAUAUAUGUGUGUGUAUGUGUGUGUGUGUGUGUGUGUGUAUGAUAAUGCGGCUGCUACCUGUUGAGAUAUUAGAGAGACAUUAUUUAAAUCGAGCGAAGAUGUCCUGAAAAGUUGUGUCUCUCCGCGUGUUAAAAAAAUAUUUAUAAAUAUUAUCUAUACAUACACAUAAACAUACAUAUAUGUAUAUAAAUAUAUAUGUUCUUUGUUAUAUCGCGUUAAUUGUAUAGUUGUUAUCAAUCUGGCACUACUCUUUUAUCAUGCUAUAUAUAUAUAUAUAUAUAUAUAUAUAUAUAUAUAUAUAUACAUAUAUACACAUAUGUAUCAAAGGAUAGUUUAUCAGAGAGCCAAAUGACAGUGAGAACGAAAGAAAUAUAAAAAAAAAAAAAAUAUAUAAUAAUAAUAAUAAAGAAAGAAAGAAAACUGACACUUUCGAGCAUAACAAUUUUUUUUCUCGUGGAUCUAACUUGAAUGAAAAAAAAAAGAAAAAAAAAAAAAGAAAAAAGAAAGAAAGAAAGAAAGAAAAUUCUCUUCUCUUUUUCGUCAUUCAAAAUAUCACGCGUGCGUUCAACAAAUAAUACAACAAUAAUAUAUUAGAGGAAUAGCGAUGUGAUCUGAUAAUAUACGGAGUACAUUAACAUUCACUUGAGAUUAUAUUGCGUAUCACUUAAAGAAAAAAAAAGAAAAAAAAAAAAACGAAAAAAAAAACGAAAAAAAAAGCGAAAAAAAAAGAGGAAAAGAAAAAAAGAAAAAAAAGAAAAUAACCUAUCUAUAUUGUUAGAGUCUCUAUGCAAAUGGUAAUAUAAAAGAAAAAGAAAAAUAGGAAAAAGAAAAAAAAUGAAAAAAUCUUAGGGAUCGACGUGAAUCGUAGAAAAAAUUCGUAUUAAUAAAUUAAUAUCCGCUUGAGAGAGAGAGAGAGAGAGAGAGAGAGAGAGAGAGAGAGAGAGUGAGAGAGAGAGAGAGAGAGAGAGAGAGAGAGAAAGGAUGUCUUCGUUCGUUCCCCAACAUCCAAAGACCGAAUACACGAAGAUCGAUGAAAGAAGAAAGAAAAAGAUUAAUGAAAAAAAGGAAAAAAGAAAGAAAGAAAAAAAAAAAGAAAGAAAAAAAAAAUAAUAAAAUGAAAUAGUAUGCAAAACAAAUGAUUUCAACCGCUCGAUCGCAAGCUGAUAUAUAAAUAAAAUGUAUUCCUAUAAAUCUCGUAAAUAUUUAUAAAAAUUGUUUUAUGAUACUUAACGUCGUACCGACAUAUAUUUAAGAAAAACGUUUCUCCUUCGUGUGUCUUUGUAGCUGAUAAUAAUUAUAGAAAUGAAAAAAGUGAGAAGAUUUAAAAAAAAAAAAGAAAAAAAAAAGAAGAAAAGAAAGAAAGAAGGAAAGAAAAAAAUAUAGGAGAAGAAUGUGUGUAUGUGAGAGAGAAAGAGAGAGAGAGAGAGAGAGAGAGAGAGAGUGAGAGAAAAAGAGAGAGAAAGAGAGAGAGAUGAAUUAACGCUUCGUUGUCCCGAAAGAAAUUCGUUUGUUCAUUUCGAACGAACAGAUCCACAUUAUUAUAUUAUAUCUCACUCUCGGCUUAUUUUAAAUCAGAUCUUAAUAUCGCUUUUUGUGUAAAUCUCUAUUAAGAACGGCGUCCUUAUCUCGAUUUCGAGGACAGGACGUAAUUUCUAUUUAAUUAGAAUCACACUAACUUACCGAUAAGAAUCAUGAGUGACCGCAUAUUAUUGUAUUAUACAGAAAAAGAGAGAGAGAGAGAGAGAGAGAGAGAGGGAGAAUGGGCCAAAAGUUCUUUAUAAAUGGGCCAAAAAUGUCUAAGUAAUUUUAUACAUGAAAAUACCCUUUUUCACGACUCUUUCGGCUUAAUAGUCGAGCUUGUAAUAUUACAAGCCAAACCCAAUCUGUUGUUUUACAAUCUGAGAAAAAAGGAAAAUAAAAAUUUAGCCUAAAAAGUCUCGAGAGAAAGGGGCGAAGGACAUUUGUUUUCUUUUUCUUUUUUUCUUCUUUUUGUUUUCUUUUACUUUUUUUUUUUUUUCUUUUUUUAAUUUAAUUUUUUUCUUUUUUUUUUAUUUUUGUAUUUUUUGUUUGAACGACCUAAGAACUUUUGGACCCAUUUGAAAACUUUCGACUCAUUCCCAAUCCUGUAAAUUUUUUUGUCGUCUUUUCCAAAUAUUUGUAAGAUCGAUCGACCGAGAGCAUGAUUGAUUGGCCAAAGCCAAUAUUCGUAAUAAAACUCGAGAAGGAAUAAAUAAGAAAAAAAAGUAAAUAAAUAAGAAGAAAAUGAAGAAGAAGAAGAAAAUGAAGAAGAAGAGGAAGAAGAGGAGGAAGAAGAGGAAGAAAAAGAGGAUAAAAAGAAGAAGAGUUUGAACGUUGAACGUAUGCUGCCAUAUGCAAAAAAAAUAAACAAAAGAUCAAACACACAUACAAUCGACAAUUGUUUUGUUAUGUACAUACAUACAUGCAUACAUACAUACAUAUAUACAUACAUACAUACAUAUAUACAUAAACAAAUGUACACAUACACAUAUAUUAUUAGUCUACAAAGUUAAGAAAAUUAUCUUCUGUGAUUUUGAAGCAUUAUCAGUUUGGAAUAAGAAAAGCGCUUCGAACGGAAGUUAAUUAUAGUCGACAAUGAUAAAUAUAUGUUAUCAGAAAGGAAAA